GUCUCGCCUCGUCUGUUUGUCGUGCUUUACAAAUUAUUUUCUGAUCACCUAUAAAACUUGUAGGUCGCUACAAAACGACGCAUAUAAGUGUGAUAUUAAUCGGCUCUUUUUUUCCGGGAAGGAAAGUUUAAUAUUGUGAAAUUUACCAUAUUUUUUUAUCCUACUCUCAAAUUGCAACGCAUCUUUUGCGUUGAAUAGGAAGCUGGUAUGAUAAUGAAGAUACCAAACAGUGGAUCCGGCAACGGAUUUUAUGGCCAUGACAAUGGCGUAAUAUCUUACCUGGACAAUGUAGAGGCAGAAGCUGACGUUCAAGCUGGAGGUGACGGAGAUUUUUCGGAGUACAUGUGGAUGGAAAAUGAGGAAGAAUUCGAUAAACAAGUUCUUCAACAACUUGAGGAGGAAGAACUCAUGGAGGAGUGCUUAGAAGCAAUGUUGGAAGAAGAAAGGCAGCACCAGAGAAAUUUAAAUUCUGCAGCAUGGUCAACUGCUACUAGCACUCUCGAAAACAACGGCGCUGAAUUAUGUCAACAACUCGGCAGUCUUAGAGUUCAUGACGACCUUGCGAAACGAAGCACGUUAAAUCCUGACGCAGCAGAGUUCGUGCCGUCGUUUAAAACAACCGUAACAACGAGUUCGACACCUGAAGUGAAUGCCAAGUCGUCGUAGAGGAGGCCCUCUAAUGUCUGAUUGCAGCAAAAAAAGAAUUAUGGGCUACCGAAAUGCCCGGAAUCCCCAGCAAAAAUGCACAGUUAAACGUUUACUUUAACUGAAUCUUAUAUUAUCAAGUCAACAUUGUUUGUGUGCGUACAAAAUAGAAAAGGAUAAAGGAAAGUGCAUAUAUAUUUAUAAUUUAUAACGAUUAACAUCCAAUGGCAUUAAUUUAACUGGUUUUUUUAUUUACCAAAAAACCACGCAUUUUUUGUCUUUGUUUUUUUGUACAAAGAUAAGCAAGUCGGUUAAAUUAUUCAUAAAGAGGUGCAAAAAAUGUUAAUAUUUUUCUCUUGCAGUAAUUUUUCCAAAUCCAAUUUUGUAACAGUGAAAAUCUGUUGCGUCGAAAAUUCCCUUCAUCGCAUAAUAUUUUAGAUUAGUUUUUUUUUAAUUAAAAAAAAACAUUUAACUUUUAAGUUGAAAUUAAUUUAAAUCAAUUCAAGUUUUUACUCUUUUUCAGUUGAAAAUUUUUUGAUAAUUUUUUGAUAAUUUUUUGGGGUUUUUUGCGAAAAAUUGUUGAAACGUGGAUUGAAACGUGGAUUCUGGAUUCUGGUUUGCCUAUAGAUUUAAAUAGACUUAAAAAGAUCUCAAACGAAAGUCUAACUCAGGCUGUGAGGGACUCUCUCAGUGGCUCCUUGGGUCACUUCAUCGCUUACUUACUUUGUAGAAUAGUUUCUAUAAAAAGAAAGAAAAGAAUCAAGAAACAAAUCUUAAUGAGGAAAUUUCGCAUAGUUGAUAGGUUCUUACAACAGAUUUAAUUAUUAUCGGAUCGUGAAAUAGAAUAAAUGAUGUGUGUACUUUAAAAAAAUCUUGAAUCGCAGCGAUUAACUGCUAAGUUUUUUUUACUUUUUUUCUUUUUUUGUACAAUACUCACUUUAAGGGAAAGGAAGGUGUACUUUUUUGCAUUACAUUUUCAUAAGUCUUCCGCCAUCUUUCAGUUGUCUCUUCACUUGUCGCGCGCGAGAGAAAGAGGAGGAAAAGGAAAAAAGUGUUUUGCGAUUCAAGAAAAUUCAGGAAAAUUCAAGAGAAUUCAAGAAAAUUCAAGAAAGUAGGUAAUGAUGGAAACACAAAUAGUGUCAAAUUAAGUGUAUAAAGAUCAACUUGUUUUUUCACAUUGGGUAGGAAUUUUGUUGUAAAUUAUAUUUUACGAGCGCCUACGAGCCCAUUUUCUGAUUACUUACAGGCACGAAAUGUGUUUAAAUCAUAAUCUACAGUGAGUAUGUAAAUCCAAAAGAGAAAACAUGAUUAUUGUGUGUGGAAUUUGAGAUUACAUACUCGGACACUUAAUCAUGUUCAAAAUUUCGCGAUUGUCCAAUAUUUUCCUUUUUUGCUUCGUUUUAAUUUUGGGUAGAUGAGCACGACUCAAAUCUGUAAUAUACAAAAAAAAGUUAUUUCUCCAUCCCCUUUGUAAAUAUUGAAGGAGAUGAAGAUGACUACGAAAAAAAUAUUCUACUAACAUCACAAAUAUUUCAAGCUAAAAAAAUUUAUUGUAAAACAAAUUUUUCGUGUGAAAAUUAAUGUAUGUAUCAUACUUUUUGACUAUCACAAAUUUUUUCCAUUUUACUCUAAUAAUAACAAAUUGUUAAUAUUAAACAUACUUUCGGGUAUUGGUUAUAAAUUAUUGUUAGAUUUUAGUUUUUUUCGCAAUAAUUACACACUCGCUUCUUUGUAAUACCAAAAAAACAUCACACAAACGCCCUGUCUUCAUGUCGUCCAAAAAUUGUUUCUUCAUUACUGUUUUUAAGUCUCAAAGUUUUAGAUUCACAAAUAUUUUUAUUCAAAUUCGAGAAAUUUCAAAAAAUUCUCUUUUAUUCCUAAUAAUAAUAUUGACAGCGAUAUAUUUGCGUUUUGUUAAAGAAAGAAAAGUAAAAAAAAAUACGUAUAUAUAUAAGCUUGAAAAAAAGACAAAAAGAAAUAAAAAUAUACAAAAAAAAAAAAAAAAAAAUAGAAGGAUAUCUGCCGGUUUCUUCUUCUUCCAUGGGCUUGAAAAUUUGAAAAAAAUACUUGGCUUAUAAUUAAUCAUGUCGCUCCAUGAAUUUUGCAAUGUUCCGCAAUUUACGGUUAAUAAUCAAUUACAGCAUUUGUAAUUUUUCCCUUCGACUUUUUUUCUUUAUACAUAUAGCAUUUAUCAUGUAGAAAUUAAAAAUGUAAUAAUAAUAAUACAUAUUGUAUGUGACAUAAAA